AUGUGGUCCAGACAGAGUGUGCCUUUGCAACUCUUGAAGGACAGACUCUGCGUUCGAUUUGACACCCUGAUGAAGUCAAAGCACCGGGUGCGUACAGGGUUUGGCGAUUCGGACCGUGUCUUCACUCCUCCGACCCUGAUCCCGUUCCAAGGAUGUGGACAAGGCAACGGUGCUGGACCUCCCAUUUGGGUCGCAAUUAACUCCAUUCUCCUGGGGAUGAUGAUCAGUAAGGGCUUUGGCUUUGACUUUCUGAUGUUGAUAUCUUGGGCUCCCCUCCUGGCUGAUGUAUGCCAAGCGGCACCAUCUCCUGAUCAGUCUGGCGAGUCUAUUGUCCCCAAGGUGGCCAAAGCACUGAAAUGGUGGUCCAAUGGGGUCCGCCUUACUGGUGGCGCCAUCCGACCGGAUAAAUCCUUCGGGUAUCUGAUCGACUUCAAGUGGAACUUGCAACAAGGCGUAUGGCAAUUCCGGAGGAAGCAAGAUUUCAAACCAUCUCUUCUUCCCAAAGGAAUGUCGGAAAUUGUGGUUGAAUUGGAUGACCUGGAUGGCACCCCAGUGCAUUUACAGUGGCUGGAACCGGAUGAUUGA